CGCAGGCGGCUAUGUCGUGAUAUUCGCGCGCUCCGAUUGGUUGGAAAUGACGUGAUAGCUAUUUUGGUGCUUGGCGAGUACGCGCGCGCGACCCGCGCAUGUGUGAGUUGGAAGCUCGUACGCGGCAUGUGGGUGUGUGCGUGUGUUGUCGAGGCGCGUUGGUCUGUUUACCGAGCGAGGCAGCAGCCGGCGCGCGCACCGAGCACGGACUCACGUGCGAAACAAGAGUUUCCAGCGCUGCUGAAUUGUAAUAGCUUUCCAUGGUGUUUUCCUUUCAGUUUAUCGGUGCUAAUUCGUUCCGGGCGUAAACCGAACAUUGUGUGUGCCGUUCGAAAACUCCGAGUUUGAUAUUCGUGCGGCUAAUAAAAAUUAUACGUGUUUUCGGGCGGAUGCGAUGAAUAAAUUUUGCAAAUCGAGUCAGUGUGUCGAAAAGUUUCGUGAGAGCUAUGCUUUGAUCGGUCGACGAGUGGUAGUGGAUGUUGUUGGAGUUCUUUUGGUGAUAUCAGUGAGCUCGAGGCUGUGCAGGCUGUUGCUGUGGCCUCUGGGACUCGGAGACAUCAGUGUUGGGAUCAUCUCACACUUGUUACUCCGCGAGCCUACUGCCGGCGUCUGAGAUAGAACCGCGUGCAAAGAAGACUUAAAGUGCCAUUCAACCAGUUUACCACACAGUGAUAUUUAGCCUUAGACUAGCUUUAGUGAUAUUAGAGUGUUAAUCUAGUUUUACGAACGUUACCAAAAAUCAGCGAAACUGGCUCCUUACAAGGAUAUAAUGAAUCAGACGAGCAUGAGCGUGCCGACGAUAAAGUGCGAGGACGUGGCGUCGCCGAUAGGGGGCGCUGGGGCGGACGACCCGGGCGGCGCGUACCUGAGCGUCAACCUGAACUUGAACGCGUCGGUCAUCGGGCUGCUGAGCGCAGACCCUGCCAACACGACGCUGCGGACGCCGGAAAUCGUGAACGACGUCAUUACCAUGACGAAUCCGUUGGACCACUACAACUACGAGAAGACGUCAGGAUUCAAGAGCGCGAGCGGCAAUGAUUCCAACUCCUCCAUGUCCAACGGUUCGUCAGCGACAUCACCAGCCUCCGGCACUCCACCCAGCAUACAAAAGACUUGCUCGGAACUAAUAAAGGCUGGCCUGAAGCUGUCGAUCGAGUCGAAACGCAAGAUGUCUGGCAGCGACACAGACAUGGGCAUCAAGAGGAUGAAGCGAGAAGACAGCGACGAAGACUAUGACAGCAGUCACACGCACACGACUAAGAGCGAAGGGCUCACCCCCGAAGACGAGGAAAGGCGGCGGCGGCGAAGAGAGAGGAACAAAAUCGCAGCCACCAAGUGCAGACUGAAGAAACGGGAACGCACCGUGAAUCUGGUCUCUGAGAGCGAGGUGCUUGAGAAUCAGAACAUCGACCUGAAGGCGCAGUUGAAGGAACUUGAAGUGGAGAGGCGGCAGCUCCUGGAGAUGCUCAACGUCCACAAGGCCUCGUGCGUCAAGAACGGAGCGCGGGCCUCUCCCACCAACCCCAACUACAACGUGAUCCGGUACGACUCCAACACAUUCCCCGCCUUCGAGCAGAGCCCCUACAUCCGCCCCGAGUCCGCCAACAUCCUCGCCUCGGCCACCAGCUUCCCCGGAGAAAUAGAACCCAUCGCCUCCAUCGAGCCCCUCUACAUGUCGCAGAUCAUCGAGGGCGACUACACGCGGCCCGACAGCGUGCUCAGCCUGCAGACCAACCCGGACACGCCGUUCGUCACGACGGACGGCUUCAUAUCCAAGAGCACGAACCUCCUGGUGCCGAUCGAGUCCGAGCAGGAGUACUACGACCCCGAGCCCAACUACAGCCUGAGCGCGCAGCAGUGCCACACCUACCCCGCCACCGUGCCCGACUCGCAGACCAAACUCAACAACGGCCUCAACGACGGCUGCCUCGUCUAACCUCUCACGAGUAUACGUAUGUUUAAGCAUUGAGAAAUUCGGAAUAGAGCGUCAUCACCGUUGCAACUUUUACUUCACUUUAUUUUUGUGUCCAAUGUGAUAAUUUUUCAUAACUUUGUCUUAGAAGUGAAGUAAAAGCUGCCCUUUUUCGUAUUAUAUAGAAAUUUAAGCUAAAGCAGGGAUGGGAGGUAUAUUUCGAAACGAAGUCGUAUGUCUACUGUGUAGAACAACAGCGUAGAUUAGUAUGGUGCCUGUAUCGCGUAUGACGAGUGAAACUAAAGGAUAUUGGCGACAGAUUACUCCGUAUAGGUAGGUAUCAACAUUUUCAUUUCAAAUAUUUCGACGUUAUCACCAUUUAUUUAUGUUAUGUUUAUUUUAUUCCGCGUUGUGAAAUAAUAAAAUUAUUGCUUAACACUUCAAUAGGAACUGUGAAACAGUCGAUAGGUAGGUACCCCCUAUUUUAUUUUUACCUAGAUGUUUAACUCUUAACAUAUGAUUAGGUACCACUCUCGGUUAUUUUUUUUAAGUUAAAUAAUUUUGCUUUGAUCUGUUUAACGAUAAGUUUACUGGCUGAGAUGAGAUCUGAUUAUGUGGUGCAAUAUGAGAAAAUGAGAUUAACUGAAAGCAUCUCACGAUGAAAAAUUCUGCACGUUUUAAAUUAUUUAUAUUUUGUUCAUUAAAGUUAUUAAUGAAAUAUCUUGCACAAAAGAAAGAUAUGGCCUAAAAUAUUAAAACAUCACAUUAAACUAUUUUAUCUUCCAAUAGGUAAUAGAAUUACAAAUACCUCCCGUUGAUAUUCCGAAAGUAUAUUGUAUCGUUGCUAAAAUAUAUUCACAGAUUAUUAACGAAUAGAUUUAUAAAGAUGAAAACUUACAUGAUUUAUAUAAGUAGAUAAGUGUUGUAGCUAUACAAAAAUAAUAUUAGCGUGUAAGGUGCUUUAAUACAAAAUACAAGUGAUAGGAUGUAAAUAAGGCAAAGAAAAUAAAUGGCUUAAUAAAUAAGGCAUCGAAUAAUAUGUAUCUAGUAUAUAUUCUUAUAUUUAUAAUAAAACCCUCAUAUGAAAUCUUUUCUUACUGUUAUGUAUUUCAGAAAUUUCAGGAAAUGACGAGAAAUUCAAAGAUUCAGUUUUUUAUUUCAUUCUGGCCAGCUAUGACUAAACCACAGUGGAAGAGAAGUCUUAGAAACCCUGUUGUGCAUUUUCAGUGAGCUAACUAAAACAAAAAGGUUUUUACGUUCAGACAGAUUAUGCAGAACAAUAUGAACCUGUAAUUAAAUUUAGCUACACGAACUUCUAAAGUUGCAAAAUAGUAAUGACAAGAAGAUCGUAGUAUGUUAAAAAAAAAACAUUCAGUCGAAUUGAGAACCUCCUCCUUUUUUUUGAAGUCCGUUAAUACAUAUAAAAAUUAGGUAUGCACAAACAAGAUUACUUUCAACAACUUUGUUAUGGAAUUUAACUCAAAUUUUAAAAAACCGAAAGUGUUAAUUUUUCUUCACAUUUUAAAAACUGCUGUCAGGUUUUAAGUAAGGCCUUGACUUACAGUGUAGCGAAUACGAGCCUUAUUCUCUGUACAAAAUUCGUAUCUACAUGCUAAAAUUUAUUAAUAAUAUGGUGCCUUUUAUUUAACACACUCAGAAAUAAAUAUUACCGUUUUGUUGUAAAAUACGAAUGUUAUAUUUUUGUACGAUUUUACCAUAUUAAGCGAUAAAUGCGAUUGUAUCUGGGCUACUAUUUGUUCAAAAAAAAAUUGAACGUCAUGCCUUUUGUGUGUGACACGUUAUUGUGAACCUAGUCGUAACGCACGAAGACUGAUAUUGCGUUGAGUUACGUUACGUGCGUUAGUUGACGUCUUCGGCAACCAAAGGGUUAGAGAAUUAAUGAACCACAACUAGUCACUUUUAGAAGACUUCAUGAGAUGUCUAAAGUAUUAAUUGUGUGAGCAGCCAGAGGUGUGUUGUAGAUAUGCGUCGAAGUUUAUAAUUUACAAACAUAGGUAGGUUACUUACCUACUUAUUAUUAUAGUCCGCAAAGUACAGAAUUUGUACCGUGGAAAUUCUGCACUAUGUGCGUUUGCCUCUUGACACACGAUUCUUUCUCGUUAAAAUAGAAUGGGUAGUAAGGUUCUAACUUCAGUGUGCGUAGACGAAUGCACAAACACUUCACAAAACGCUUGCGAAUCGUGAGCAAAUCGUCAAGCAUGGGCAUUCGGCUACGCACACAGAAACACUUAUGAUACCUCAUAAUAACACAAUAAAUAUUGUUUAACCCUUUGGAUGAUAAGAACGCCUAAAGCCGUCAUGGAAUUUUCAUGUUUUCAUGUAAAGUUCGUGUGUGACACACGUUUCUGAAAAUGACGUGACUACAGUCUGACCAAAAAGAGUAUUUAAGUGGCAACAAUGUAGCGUCACCCCUUUCAAAUCAAUAUCUAUUGUGUGAGACGACACUACGAUGUGGCCACUUUAAUUUUUACUCUUUUUGGUCAGACUGUACUGACGUUCAAAUGGUAAAGUUUCGUUAACGUGCAUACAAAUGUAAUUUUAAUGUUCUAAGUUUAUUGUAGCUCAGAUACAUGGUAUUGCAGACCAAUAUAGCAGUGCCUUUCGCGUAUGAACCAGUGCCCCUAGUCUUUGGCGUCCGAAAGCCAAGUCGCGCAAGCAUUUAUUUUUAUAUUGUUGGUAAUACAAAUACAUUGUGAUAAAUAACUUAAGCGUAGGUACACGCAAAAAUACCUAUUUAUUGACAGCACAAUUUUUAAGGGAAUGUUAUGGAAUUAUGAUUUUUCUUGUUUAACAGGAAUGUUAUUUAGUGAAAUGCAAUGAGCUUGAAAUCAGCUGGUUUAUAAAUUCGCAAUUUUCUGUAUUAUAUUAUUAUUGGCAUUUUUUCCUCGAUUUUACACAUUUUUACAUUAAAUAUAUUAUUUCGUCGCUGUCACAUUUGGUUUAUAAAAAUUAUAAAAUUUUGUAUAACUACCUAAGCUCAUUGCAUAGUAGAAGUGUGGAGGUACCGUCACAGUAAUCUUAGAAAUAAGAUUAUUUUUAGAGGGUAUAGUAGUGUGUAAGAAAGCUUUCUGUCUAAGCAACGAGUCGGUUAAGUUUUUAACAUUAUUAACAUGCAGAUAAAGUUCAAAAUGGUAACCGCUGUUGCUAUACUGUACCGCGUUUUUCAGUUACUAAAAUAUCUGUCUGAAUAGCCGUGCUAUGAAGACAUGCCUCGGCCGAGGCAGGGCGUGCGUUUUUCUUAGCCGAGGCACGUCUACAUUUGACGUUUGCCGAGCACAUUGCCUCGCUCGGUCUGUGUGGACCCGGCUUUAGGUCAAAUUCAGAACAGAUAAUUUGGUAGGUACAUUAAAUUUACUCUUUGAUAUACAAGUAUAAAAGUACCUACUUUUUCAUGAAUUUUGGUUGUUAUGUAACUGCUAGUAUUACACCUUAUUUAAGAGUUAUUGUUGUACUCGUAAUAUAGAUGUAUCUAUUUAUAUUCGUUACUAUUAAUAGUUCUUGCAUUUUGAUCUAUCGAGUAACCCGUUACAGAUGUGGUGCAUAAUGUUGAUUUACAGAAACGUACGAACAAGUCAUGCUGAUUUAGUCAUUCUGUUCUUAAAGACCGAGGUUGUAAAUAUGAACGUCUCGGAAAAUACAAUGGUAAAUCAAAGAUGCAUAAUCUUACUUUACUGCACUAAGUUUUAUAUUAAAGGACAAAAAUGGAAUAUUUUCGUUUCCGGAUAUUUCCUUUAAAGUAUCAAUGGCGGACGUUUCCGCUUAAAAAUUGACUUACUACACUACAUGUCUACCUAUAAGAGCCCACUUACACGGUGCAAGAACUCGCAUGCGAGUUUCAGUUCUGCGCUUUUUGACGAGCUGAAACGUAUAGGUAACGCCUACGAGUUCGCGCGGUGUCAAUGGACUCUACAACGAUGGCUAGAAUUAUCGUAUUGAAAUGAAAGAACUAUAAGUAUCAUACCAUUUAUAACUAUUUUAUACAUCUUUUUAUGUCUAUUAAAUCUUUAUUAUGCUUCUAUUUAACUCAGAUGGAAUAAAGUACUUGUUUUAAGGAUAAUUGUGAGCGAGUUUAGUAAAACGUCCCACUUUUGUCGAUUGCUAUAAAGCCGAUGUGUCAGUUUAUUCAAAUCUAUAGCAAAUCUCGGGUUUAUGGUUAGCGACAAAGUGGGACGUUUUACUAAACACUAUCACAUAUUUUUGUAAUAUAUGUAACAUCAGAUAAACGUACACAUUUGGUACUACAUGUCACAAAGUGAUUCUCAUAAUAAACUCAAGACACGUUGUUGAGACAUUUUAACGCAGUUGUGAAAUGUAUCUAGUUAGGUUUUGUAAGUGUUGUAAACAUCACUUGUACCUGCUUCUUUAAACAAUAUGACAGACAAAGCAAAAUUAUUGUGCUUACAAAUAUUAAAAAAUAAAUCAUAUAUUGCAUA